UUGGCCCUUUGACGUUUCUACAUUGAGCUGUUUUGUGAACGUGAAAUUUUGCUAAAUCAAUAAUAAAUAAUGCGUCCGCCAUUUAAUCUUGUUAAUAUUGCUUCUAGUAUUUUUUAAAAGUAGUGUAAGGAUAAGAUGCAACGUUACAAUGUUACAUACUUUACAAUAUUAACUCAUUUAUAACGAUGGAUGGGUUUUAUAGAAUAAUUAUUGUUGUGCUUUUUACAAUAAAAUCAGUGCAUUUAUACUGUGGACCAUACAAUGGACAGAUAUGUAAGCAUUAUUCCACGGGCUACGUGUGGUACAAUCAUACGGGCGGCCUUGAAAAUGAAAAAAUCGCGACUGGCUUGUGGAAGGAAAUGAUAUCCGCUUUGAAGGAGCCAUGUCGCAGUACAGCAGAAAAAUUGUUAUGCGCCUAUGCUUUUCCUAAGUGUACGAAUAGAGAUGGAGUGGGCUACUUCGCCUUGCCACUGUGUUACGAGGAUUGUAUGGCUGUAAAAAUGCAGUUUUGCUACAACGACUGGAUUGUUAUCGAAGAUCAGAAGAGUCGUGGUGUCUUUUUCGAAUCCAGGGGACAUUUUCGUCUCCCUGACUGUGAGAAAUUGCCAAAAUUUGCGGGGAAAGGCGCCCAUGUAACAUGCAACAAUGCAGGCAUCACUGACAUGGAUUACAGUCAAGUAACAACAACUUGCAUUCACGGCAAUGGACGUUAUUAUCAGGGCACCAUGAAUAGAACAGAAACUGGACUUGCUUGUCAAGCUUGGGAGUCCCAGCAUCCUCAUCAACAUACAAGGCCACCAUUGGUGUUCCCUGAAGUGCAAAACUCCACCAAUUACUGUAGAAAUGCAGGAGGAGAAGAGCGUAAACCAUGGUGCUACACCAUGGACCCAAAUGUACGAUGGCAACUCUGCGAUAUUCCAGUAUGUGCUAACUCUAGCUUAGACAUAGACAAUACUAAUGGACCAAUAAUUAUGGAGAACUAUUUCACACCAACCUUUGUUUUAAUAUUGUCUGUCAGUGGACUUGGAUGUAUUCUAGGAAUAGCUUCGAUAGCACUUUUAUGCCAUUAUUUCCUGAAAAAUCAUUAUUCCAAAUGUAAUGUGUCAAACAGGAGGAAUUUACAAAGUAUGGAUAUUGAUCUGGACAAACUUCCAAGCAACAUGGCUUAUCAUACAACUGGGGCACAAUUGAAUCCCAAAUUAGAGAAACUGGAGUUUCCUAGAAACAAUAUAAUUUAUAUACGAGAUCUGGGGCAAGGUGCUUUUGGAAGAGUGUUUCAAGCUAAAGCUCCAGGCUUGGUACCUGAAGAGGAGUUUACACUUGUAGCAGUUAAAAUGUUGAAAGAUGAAGCUUCACAUGACUUACAACUCGAUUUUGAAAGAGAAGCUUGUCUGUUGGCUGAUUUUGAUCACCCUAACAUUGUAAAAUUGUUAGGUGUAUGCGCUAUAGGACGUCCAAUGUGUCUCUUGUUCGAAUUUAUGGGUAAAGGAGACCUAAAUGAAUAUUUGAGAGCAUGCAGUACAGCAGCAAAUUAUCCACCCGGUGUUGAAAACAGAGAAGACUUGAGACUCCUAGCUACUCCUCUUAACCAUUUAGAUCUCCUUCAUAUCGCUCGACAAAUUGCUUCCGGAAUGGUGUACUUGUCUGACAGGAAGUUUGUGCACAGAGAUUUGGCGACCCGAAAUUGUCUCAUCAAUGACGAUAUGGUUGUCAAAAUUGCAGAUUUUGGUUUGUCCCACAAAAUUUAUUUGCAAGAUUAUUACAAAGGUGAUGAGCAUGAUGCUAUUCCUGUCAGGUGGAUGCCACUAGAGAGUAUUCUGUACAAUAAAUAUACCCUUGAAUCUGAUGUGUGGGCAUAUGGGGUAUGUCUAUGGGAAAUCUUUUCCUUUGCCUUACAGCCAUACUUUGGUAUGACUCACGAAGAAGUAGUAAGAUUUUUAAAAGAUGGCAAUGUUCUAGCUUGUCCCGAUAACACUCCCAGAAGUGUGUACGACUUAAUGAAGCAAUGUUGGAACCAUCACCCAAGUGAUCGUCCAAACUUUAGAGUAAUAUACCAGACAUUGGACAAUAUUCAAAUGAUAUUAGAAAGAAAUAUUUCUGAAUGAUAAAAUGAGA